AUGUCAAGGACCGUCAGCUCAGGUUCCUAUACACAAGCUAGUAGCAGUUCCGGAAUGUCGCAAAAGCUCUUUGUUGGUGGUCUGGCCUGGGCCACGACCGAUGACUCUCUCUUCUCUGCCUUCAGCCAAUAUGGUGAGGUCACAGACUGCAUCGUCAUGAAGGAUCGCGAGACGGGACGUUCGCGCGGAUUCGGCUUCGUUACCAUGUCCGACCCUGCUGCCGCUGAGCAAGCCAUUGAAGCGCUCAACAACGGCGACCUCGACGGACGCCAAGUCCGAGUCGACAAAGCUGCCGACCGUGGCGCGGGCGGCGGCGGUGGUCGCGGUGGCUACGGUGGCGGCGGCGGCGGCUACGGCGGCGGCGGUGGUGGUUACUCCAGCGGUGGCGGUGGCGGUGGCUACGGCGGUCAAGGCGGUGGCGGUGGCUACCGUGGUGGCUCGUCAGGCGGCUACGGCGGCGGUCAGGGCGGUGGCUACGGUCAGCAAAGCUCUGGCGGCGGCGGUGGCGGCGAUCGCUGGUAA